GAGAGGGAUAGAAGAAGCAAAUCCAUGGAAGUGAGAAGGAGAAAGAGAACCAGUAGCGAAGAACAUUCAUAUGCUGUUGCUGCUGCUUCUCCGUGGGACAUUGUGGCUCCUUCUCCAAUUCCAAUUAGGGCAUCGGUAGUACAAAUGAUUAUUCACGAACUAGAAAAAAAUUCCUAGGCAAAAACUGGGAGGAUCAUCAGCUUUUGAGAUCUGGAGCUGUUAGAGGUAACAAGGUGCAGACGGAGUUUGAUGAUGAUGAAGAGGAACGGAAGGUGAUUCUUCAUGUUCAUGAUAUAAAGCUGCCUCCAUUUUUGGAUGGGAGAGUUAUUUUCACUGAGCAAGCUGAGCCGAUAUUGCCAAUUAAGGAUGCAAUGUCCGAUAUGGCACUAAUUUCACGAAAAGGGUCAGCUCUUGUUCGGGAAAUACACGAAAAACAAAAGAGGGAUAAGUCUCGUCAAAGAUUUUUGGAGCUAGCUGGGUCAAAACUUGGAGAUAUUCUUGGUGUGGAGAAGAGUGUUGAUGAGAUUGAUGCAGAUAUUGUUGUAGUGGGUGAGGAUGGUGAGGUUGAUUUUAAGGGAAAAGCCAGAUUCUCGCAGCACUUAGCUGUCAGUGCGUUCACAAAAUCAAAAACAAUUUCACAGCAACGACAGAAUUUGCCCAUAUUCUCUGUGCGAGAUGAGUUAUUGCAGGUGGUUCGUGAAAAUCAGGUGGUGAUUAUUAUUGGAGAAACUGGUUCUGGAAAAACAACACAGCUAACUCAAUACCUGUAUGAAUAUGGCUAUACAGUUAAUGGGAUCAUAGGUUGCACCCAACCUAGACGUGUGGCAGCGAUGAGUGUUGCCCAAAGAGUUAGUGGGGAAAUGGAAACUGAGCUCGGGGAUAAAGUUGGAUAUGCUAUUCGUUUUGAAGAUGCCACUGGGCCAAGUACUGUUAUCAAGUACAUGACCGAUGGUGUGCUCUUAAGGGAAACUCUUAAGGAUCCCGUUCUUGAGAAAUAUAGUAUAAUUUUAAUGGAUGAAGCCCAUGAGAGAUCACUUGACACUGAUGUCCUUUUUGGCAUUCUCAAGAAAGUUGUGGCUAGGCGACGUGAUUUUAAGCUUAUUGUCACUUCUGCCACUCUCAAUGGUGAGAAGUUCUCAAACUUCUUUGGUGGCGUACCAAUAAUUCACAUACCUGGAAGGACUUUUCGAGUUCAAAUAUGUUAUAGUAAAACCCCAUGUGAAGACUAUGUCGAAGCUGCAGUUAAGCAAGCCAUGACUAUCCAUAUUGCUGGUGCCCCUGGUGAUAUACUCAUCUUCUUGACUGGUCAGGAUGAGAUCGAAGCAACCUGUUAUGCACUUUCAGAGAGGAUGGAACAACUUAUCUCAUCAACAAAGCAACCAGUACCCAAGCUGUUAAUUCUUCCUAUAUACUCUCAACUGCCUGCUGAUCUUCAAGCAAAAAUUUUCCAGAAAGCUGAAGAUGGGGCUCGCAAAUGCAUUGUUGCUACUAAUAUAGCUGAGACGUCCCUGACCAUUGAUGGAAUUUUCUAUGUCAUUGAUACAGGCUAUGGUAAAAUGAAGGUGUACAAUCCCCGUAUGGGUAUGGAUGCUUUGCAAGUGUUCCCCAUUAGUCGAGCUUCUGCAGACCAACGUGCUGGUCGAGCUGGUAGAACUGGUAGAACUGGCCCAGGGACUUGUUACCGACUUUAUACAGAGAAUGCUUAUGAGAAUGAAAUGCUGCAAAGCCCAGUGCCAGAGAUUCAACGGACAAAUCUUGGGAAUGUGGUUUUGCUGCUCAAGUCUCUCAAAAUUCAGAACUUGUUGGAUUUUGAUUUUAUGGAUCCACCUCCUCAAGAUAGCAUCCUUAACUCCAUGUAUCAGUUGUGGUUACUAGGUGCACUGAACGAUGUUGGUGAUUUAACUGACCUUGGACGAAAAAUGGUGAAGUUCCCAUUGGACCCUCCCCUUGCCAAAUUGCUCCUGAUGGGGGAACAAUUAGAAUGCUUAAGUGAGGUUCUGACAAUUGUUUCUAUGCUUUCAGUGCCGUCAGUUUUCUUUCGACCUAAGGAUAGGGAAGCGGAAAGUGAUGCUGCUAGGGAAAAGUUUUUUGUGCCAGAAUCUGAUCACCUUACAUUGCUUAAUGUUUACCAGCAAUGGAAAGCUAAUGAAUACAGAGGAGACUGGUGUAAUGACCAUUUUUUACAGGUCAAAGGUCUGUACAAGGCUAGGGAGAUAAGAUCCCAAUUGCUGGACAUCCUCAAGACACUCAAAAUUCCACUCACAUACUGUGGUCCUGAUUGGGAUGUUGUGCGGAAAACAAUCUGUUCCGCAUACUUUCAUAAUGCAGCUAUGCUGAAGGGGAUUGGGGAAUAUGUUAAUUGCAGGAAUAGAAUGCCUUGUAACCUGCAUCCCACAAGUGCUCUCUAUGGAUCGGGUUACACUCCCGAUUACAUGGUUUAUCAUGAGGCAAUCUUGACGACAAAGGAGUACAUGCAGUGUGUGACAGCUGUGGAGCCUCACUGGUUAGCAGAGUUGGGGCCAAUGCUUUUCUCCGUGUAAGAUUCUGAUUCAUUAAUUCAAGAACAUAACAUGAAACAGAAAACUGUUUUGGUUAGUAUGUGUUAACUUCAUUAGAUAUCUACUUG